AGAACUCGUAAUGACUUUGACAAAAGAAGAGAUGCCAAAACUGUUGACUGCCAGAAAAGUUAUUGAACAUAAGAAACCUCGUCCAUCGAGAGGCCGUGAAGAACAGUCCGAAGUUGAUGAUAAAUUGGAUAAUUGCAAAGUUCUUCAAGAUAUUUUAAAAACGUUGGAGACACCUUCUAAAAGCGCUAGUGUUAAUGUCGAGUCAAAGGACAACAAUGUAACAAUCACAAAGCCGUUAUCUAAAGACGAAAACCUGCGAGUAAAGUGUUGCCAAAAUAGAUACAUCGAAAGCAAAACUUCGAGAGAUUUUACCCUUACCGUCCAUUGGAAUCCCUUGGAGUAUUGUCCCGGAUAAUUGCAAUCGUGGACAUUGUAGAAACUCCAUACCUCGUGACGUUAGUCUUGACGUCAUUAUGGAGCCCGUGUCAUACCUUCCGAAAAAGGUUGGGAAAGAUGCCGCUGACCAAAAGAAUUGCAGUGAAAGUAAAGAAAGAAAGGUUGAAGAACGAGAACACAUCGCGUCAGCGUACAGGUUUUCCAAGAAAGUGCCCACGCCUGCCACUACACCUGCCUUGCAACAAUAUUUGUUAUUUUUAAGGUUUUCCAAAGUGCCCACGCCUGCCACUACACCUGCAACAGCUAACGUUCAUGAUACGCAACAAGGUUAUCAUGGCUUGCAACGAUCACGCACUAAAGACUCGCUUGUGACAAAACAAAUCAUUCAAAGCAAUAGAUCAAGAUUGCCACCUUUAAAGAACAAAGAUACGUUUAAAGUUGAUGAAAAGGGUAGAGAAACGACUAAAGCCGGUGACUUAAGGAUGAAGAAUCGAAUAAGUACCGAUAAAGAUGACGAUCAAAGAAUAUGCGAGGAUACGUUAACGGGAUACGCAAACGGUCGUGGAAUUGAAUCUGCUCCUUCAGAUCGUGCUAUUAGUCCAAGUAGCAGGACAAAUAUACCCUCCGAUCUUUGGGCUGAAUUACACACGGGUGGAGAUUAUGACCAUCGGAGAUUAGUUCCCCGCAGUACCUUGGAUCUCACUGUCAACAAAACGGGAAAAGCUAAAAGUAUUCUAUUGGGUUAUCAAAGUCCAAUGGGUCUUUCAAUAUACUCGUACAAUGGACUGUUCAAUAAAAAACCUUCGCCACCAAGAUUACCGAAGUCUUUCACAUACUUAGGAGUAUAUAGACCGAUAAUACUACCCCAAAUGCCAGCUGCACUUACAGUUGUGCCUGUUCCCAGUAUUGUUCGGCCUAAUGUACUGAAUAAAUUACAAGAAGCUGAAGUUGAAUUGAGUAAAGUACCAAGUAUAAGUAUUCCACCAGUGCCUGUAGGCUCACCUGUACAUCCUGUAGAAAUUCCUACUGCAACUUGUCCUAGCGUGAGUGAGGAUAGCGAGCUUGAUGAUGAAACGAAGGAAAUUCGUAACGAAGAAAGUGACGAGAAGUUGGCUAAUGAUACACAUAUUAAAGAAGAAAAGAAUUCUGUCAUAGAUAAGAAUUGGUCGGAAAAACAUCAGGAAAUUGUGCAGGAAAAUGAAAAGAAGAUCCACAAUGUGACGUCAUCAUGUCAAGAGGGGGAAAUAUCGUCACGUGAUCAAUAUGUCGCACAAGAUGAUGUAGAGGGUUGUGCGUCGUUGAAAGAUUCACAGCAUGUUUGGAUGGCUGAGCUAGACGAGUGCAAAAACGCUGUGAUUGAUGACACGUGCACGACCACAGAUAUCACGUGCGCGACAACAAAUAUCACGUGCACGACCAUAGAUAUCACGUGUGCAGAAGCUCGCGUCACUAAACCUGUUUCAGAUAAUGAGUGUAUGGAAGGUGAAGAAGAAGUCGCGAAAUGGGAGAUUGGUGAAAAUAGCUUUGUCCAUUUACAAAAUAUUGACGACAAGUGUUCAGGAGAAAAUGAAAGUGAGAUAAAUAAAUUAGAGAAUCUUGCACUUGCUUGUGAUGAAGAUUACAUCAAGUGUUUAGACGAAGAAAGUCUUGCUGAAACGAGCUCCGAUGAGUGUUUGUUAACAAAAAAAUGUGAGCCAAGAGACGAUGAAGAAAUGAUCAAUAAAUUAACAUAUUCAGUUGAAGAUAAUAACUUAUGUGACAUAAAUGAAGGAUUGGUAGAGAAUGACACGACCAUCCUUGAUGUGAUCAUUAAUGAAAAUGACAGUGAGAUUGGUAAUGUCUCUGUUUUAAAAAGUCUCGAUCUAGAAACAAUGGUGGAAGAUAAAGAGUUGCUGUCUUCUGGAAAGUUGAUUUCAACCCCAUCACUAGAUCGUUUGAUUGUGGAGGAAUCUACACAUAGAACUGAAGAAGACUUGACUGGAUCCCUCGGGAGUACACCCACGAGUGGAUCUGUCACAAAUACUCCAAUGACAAGAAAAGGUGAAACAUCAACAUCAAAUUCCCCUGUUUUCAUACCUAAAAUUCCCAGUGAUUUUGAACUUGAACCAUAUGCUGUUGAAUCAGAUUUGUUGAAACCAAUCAAAAUUGACUCGAAUUUAUUAUUAAUUGAUGAAGAUGGCCUAGAAAGCAUCUCGAUGGACAAGAGUGACAAAAUGACUUAAAAUGUGGUCAUGACUGAUUUACCUAACAAAUUAUACCUAAAACAAUUGCAUAGUUUUCGUUUUUUUUUUAUUGGAUGUCCUAAUGUUAUUGAAGGCUGUGUUUUUUAUGUAGAAUUUCCACCAAUUUUUAAAUACAUGGUUAAACCCAUUAAUGGCUCAA